AUGUCCUCCGGAUUUGUAUCAGGUGGUACCGCAGAUGCUCCAACUGAGCGCAGUGAUGAAUGGCUAGCCGCUCAACAAGAAAUAGAGGCUAACAGACAACGAAAAGCUAUCGAAGCUAGACAACAAGAUGGAAAGAGCUUGUUCGAGAUCCUAGAAGCAAAUAAAGCCGCCAAACAAGAUGCAUUCGAAGAAGCCAAUAAACUCAAGAAUCAAUUCCGAUCAUUAGAUGAGGAUGAAAUCGAAUUCUUGGAUUCUGUUCUAGAAAGUACGAGGGCUGAAGAAGACAGAGUGAGAAAAGAAACUGCGGAGGGACUAGAGUUAUUUAGAAAACAACAAGAAGACGCAGAUAAGAAGGCGAGAGGAGCAGAUGAUGAUGGAACACAAAUACCAGAUGGUUCGCCGGUGCGGGAGGAUGAAUGGGGCACUACGGGUCGAAAGCGCAAGCGUACGAAGGAUAAGGAGGUAUUGAAGGGAGUCAAAGUUAGGAGAGCUUCAUCUUCCGCAGAACAAGCUCCAUCUUCCACGUCUACCAAAGACCUGUCGACGAAACCUGCGAAAGAUAAUUCUGACUCAACUGCACCGAGUACUAAGCCACCAGCUUCUAAAGAUUCAGCCAAAAUCUCGGACCCAAAGCCUGCAAAGGUAGCACCCAAGCCGGUGGCAGUCAAAAAGCCAUCACCUCCUCCAUCCAAAAAAGGACUGGGACUGGUAGAUUAUGGAUCUGACGAGGAUUCUGACUGA